GAUGGCUAUAUUGAGCCAUCGAAACCGCGAGAGGAGGUGCGACAAGAGCCAUACCCACUGCCCAAGGACUUUGUGUGGUCCACAAUUGACGUUAAUGACCCUGCGCAGCUGCGAGAGGUGUACGAACUUCUAUCCGCGAACUAUGUGGAAGACGACGAUGCGUCGUUCCGUUUCCAGUACUCGGCCGAAUUUCUCAAAUGGGCGCUGCAACCGCCAGGAUACCAUAAAGAAUGGCUCGUCGGUGUGCGGGUCGCCUCGAACAAGAAGCUGGUCGCGUUCAUUACGGGCGUGCCCAUGACCGUGCGGGUGCGGGAGAACACCUUCAAAGCGAGCGAGGUCAACUUCCUAUGCGUACACAAGAAGCUCCGGUCAAAACGGCUCGCGCCCGUCCUGAUAAAGGAGAUCACUCGACAGUGCCAUCUGAAGGGCGUCUUUCAGGCACUAUAUACGGCCGGCGUGCUGUUACCCACGCCGGUCACGACAUGUCGUUACUACCACCGCUGCUUAAAUAUUAAGAAGCUCGUCGACGUGCAAUUCACAAUGGUGCCGCGGAGCAUGACGCUCGCACGUAUGAUACGGCUGCAUAAGCUUCCGGACAGCCCGCGCCUGCUUUCGCGUGGCUUACGAGAGAUGGAGGAGCGCGACGUCGCGCAAGUGCACGAGCUCUACUCACGAUACACGAGUCGUUUUGGCAUGUCACACAUCAUGUCUCCAGAAGAGCUACAACAUCACCUCCUCAGCGGCUUUGGUGAGGGCCCCAGAGAUGUGGAUAGCUGGAAGACGCCUCGCGAAGGUCAAGUCAUCUGGACGUACGUUGUGGAGAACCCAGACACGCACAAAAUAACCGACUUCAUCUCGUUCUAUUCCCUCCCCUCGACUGUCAUGGCAUCGACCAAGCACAGCCUGCUGAAGGCGGCGUACCUCUUUUACUACGGAACAGACGUCGCGUUCACCGAUCAUGCCGAAGAAGAUGGCCGCCUCAAGAGGCGUCUGGAGGAGCUCGUAGCGGACUUGCUAAUCAUAGCAGACAAAUCCGGCUUCGACGUUGUCAACACGCUGACGAUGAUGGACAACAUGCAGUUCCUCGAAAGCCACCGAUUCGGGCAGGGCAACGGUCUUCUCAACUACUAUUUGUACAACUGGCGCACGGCACCCCUUGCGGGCGUGACUGAUGUAGACGGUGUACCAGCAGGAAAAGGCGUUGGUGUAGUAAUGCUGUGA